AUGCGGGGGCGGAAUCGCAUCCCAGUGAGCGAGAUCUUGGGAGUGAAGAGAGAACCAUCACUUGAUGCUGAGAACCCGGAAUCUCUUGAAACCUCUAGCUUCGGCUCCAUCAACAAAGGAGAUGGUCUGGAGGCCUCCUCAACCGAUCUCCUAGGGAGCAGUGCACAUACUUCAAACUCGACGUCCUCGGCGCCCAAGUGCAACGUCAAGGACUUCGCCGUUCGUGUCUACUAUGCCCAGAGGUCGUGGAAACACCGAUGGAAGUUGUGUCAUGUCACCUUUCGUUCUACAGACCAGGCCUUGGUCUCCGUGUUUUAUCAUGCCAUUCGGCAGGCAAUUGCAGCUGAAGAGAAUCGACCUAAGAACUUGCUCAUAUUCAUCAAUCCCUAUGGAGGGAAAAAGCAAGCCAAGAAGAUUUUUGAGAAGCAUUUCUCACCUCUCCUUCACAUCUCAGGCAUUCAAUAUGAGGCUAUUGAAACAACUCGGGCAAGACAUGCUUAUGAUCACCUGCAGACAUGUGAUCUGGAAGACUGUGAUGGCAUAGUUGCAGUUGGAGGAGAUGGAAUGUUCUCAGAGAUUCUCAACGGGAUAUUGAUUCGCACGGCUCGAGAAGGGAAAAUCAAUCUAAACGAUGCAUCAAUUGAACCAUUGAGUCCAAAGAUUCGACUGGGCAUGGUACCUGCUGGCAGCUCCAAUGCCCUUUCUCAAGCUAGCAAUGGCACCCUUGAUCCCCUCUCUGCUGUCAUUCACAUAAUCUUGGGUGACAGACUUGCUUUGGAUGUGUGCGCAGUUCGGAAAGGUGGACUUCUACUGCAAGCAGCAGUUACAUUCAUGGGUUAUGGAUUUGUUGGAGAUGUGUUAUCUGUGAGUGAACAGUUGAGGUGCCUUGGACCGACUCGUUACCUUGUGGCCGGAGCCAAGGUUCUCUUCACUCAUCGCUCUUACAAGGGAGAGGUGUGGUAUAGAGGUGGACCCCCUGUUCCCUUUGAUCCACUCUCUAGCCCUCCAUGUCUAACUGGUUGCACCGUUUGCAAGGCCUCACACCUCAAAGCCACUCUUCGUCAGCAGUCCCUUCCCCAAUCAGCCUCCUCCUUCAUUUCUCCUGUUUCCUCCAACCAAGGAGACUUGGGUGAAUGGAAGUGCAUGUCUGGAAGGUUCUUGCAAGUGGGAUUGUGUGUGAGCACAUGCGAUAACAUGCAUUCCCCUGGUGGUCUCAGCCCUCGUGCUCACUUUGGUGAUGGUCAUAUGGAUCUCCUUCUUGUGAAAAAGACAAGUUUCUUCAACUACAUUCGAUUUCUUCUCCGGCUUCACUUUUCUGCUGGGUCUCAGUACCAAAUGUCCUUUGCAUCCUUGAGACGGGUCCAAGAAAUGAAGUACAUCCCCAGGGAAGAUCCCAACCAGACUCAUUCCAUUUGGAACUGUGAUGGCGAGAUCCAAGCAGACCCAGCCCUUAACUUCAGGAUCCACUGUCAACUGGUGGAGAUCUUCUCCCGUGGGAUAGAAGAUUUUCCUCGAGAUCCACCGUCGUGCUUUGCUGCUUUCUUCUCUCCUCUUAAGUCACCUCCUGUUCUCCCCCUUUCCUUUUCUUCUUCUCCAUCUUCUCCUUCUGGUCACAUUAUUUGACCCUUCUUGGGUCUGACCUUUUCCAGCAUUCCUUCUCCUCUUCCCUCAUCAUUGUGGGGUGCAUGUGAUUCACAAGAAGAAACAAGGAACACUUAUUGGCUGCUAUCUUGCACUUUAUAAUGAGAAGUGUGUGAAAGUUGACCUAUAUUUUGUUAUCACACACAUCACCAGUAUUUAGGAUGAAAAUAAAACCGGAAUUGAAUGCAUGGUCUGUAUCAAAGGCGUAGCUGUGAUAUUUACAAGAAGACAAAGUUGUGAAAGUCAUCACAGGAAAGACUUGGUGUUGCUCUCCUUGUUCCAUUCUAACUUACAACCACAAUGGGAGAUGGGUUCCUGUGGUAAUUGUUCGCCUGUUUACUUUUUCAUUCCACUCAUGGAAGCCUUCUCCAUCUUCUGGUGUUUAUUGCAGACAUUUCAAUGGUAGGAGCAUCCUCCACUUCACAUAUCUUUUUUUUCCAAUUGAGUACAUCAUGUGAUGUCACUUAUUGCUUGGGUUCUCACCAGAUACAGUUCUCAAGAAUUGAUAUAAUGCCAUUGAAGUUCUUGCAGAAAUGCAUGCCUAUCCCAACCCUGGUUGGGUACUUUUUUUGUGUUGUGCUUGCCAAGUUUUCUGAUGAAAUGUGAUCUUGACCUAAAUGGUACUAAACCCAAAAAAGAUGAAUAAAUCUCAUCAUUGCUGGA